AUCUGGUUUUUCAUAUUUAAUUAAAGUUCUAUAUAUUGGUGUUUAUUUUAUUUUGCUUGUGCUGCACUUGAAUUAGGUGCCCCACUGUGUGCCAUUAUCGACUGUGCGUAAUUGCAAAUAUAAACAAAUACACAAGUGAUACACACACACAAGCCCAUAUUACACCCCUCCAGCCCCGUGCUCCGUACUGGAAUCCAAAAUACAAAAAGAAAGAAAAAAAACGAUCCCAAUAUGACUGCAGCACCCUAUAACUACAACUAUAUAUUUAAGUACAUCAUCAUUGGUGACAUGGGCGUAGGCAAAUCCUGUCUGCUGCACCAGUUUACGGAGAAGAAAUUCAUGGCCAACUGUCCGCAUACAAUUGGCGUGGAGUUUGGCACACGCAUCAUUGAGGUUGACGACAAGAAAAUUAAGCUGCAAAUUUGGGAUACGGCCGGUCAGGAGCGUUUUCGAGCCGUAACACGAUCGUAUUAUCGUGGUGCUGCUGGAGCAUUGAUGGUUUACGAUAUAACCAGGCGCUCCACAUAUAAUCAUUUGAGCAGCUGGCUCACCGAUACACGGAAUCUCACAAAUCCCAGCACUGUGAUCUUUUUAAUUGGGAAUAAAUCUGAUUUGGAGAGCACACGCGAGGUAACUUACGAGGAGGCUAAGGAGUUCGCCGAUGAGAAUGGUCUGAUGUUUUUGGAAGCCAGCGCCAUGACUGGCCAAAACGUGGAGGAGGCUUUUCUUGAAACGGCACGCAAGAUCUAUCAGAAUAUACAAGAGGGACGCCUGGACUUAAAUGCAUCCGAGUCGGGUGUCCAGCAUCGACCCUCGCAGCCAUCGCGACAAUCGAUUAGCAGCGAGGCAAUGCAUGCCAAGGAUCAGUGCUCGUGUUAAAUGUAUUAACUUUAUAUACUAUAUAUAUAUAUACACACACACAUACAAAAAUAGAUAUACAAAUCGAAAUUUUAUUUUUAGCGCAACUCGUAAUCAUAUUGAUUUCUUAUUUAUCCAAAAGCAAAAUGCAAUGAUACAAAAAAAAAGCAAAGCAAAAGUAAAAAAUACACUUGUAUGUAGUUAAAUAUUGGAUUAAGUCGUAAAAAGUGUGAACAAAAACCAAAAUACAUAAACGUCCCCCAUAUGACAAGCGACAUUUAGAAAUCUGUGUAAUAUCUAGUAAGCUAUUGAUAGUAAAUUGAAUAUUUUCAAUCAA